AUGUCUGAUUAUUUGCCUGUUGAAGUGAUCAUCGAUAUCCUCAAAAGGCUCCCGGUAGAGUCCCUGGAGAAAUACAGGAUAUCAGAAGAGAAACGAUGGUCGUUCAGUAAUAUGAUUUUGGGGUUUGGUGUGAGUGCUGAGGAGUUUUUUGAGAUAAGUUUGCCUGAGAGCUUAAUUGGUUUGUGUUACGAUGAUUUGUCAAUCAUGAACUAUGGGGAAUCUUCCAUUGCAGUGCAUAACAUGAUAGAUGUUACGUUGAUUGAAUGCUGGGUGAUGAAGGAGUACGGUGUGGUUGAGUCAUGGGCUAAGGUGUUUGCAUUCCCUACGUUUAGGGGAUGGUAUCCGCCGCCAAGAUUGGCGUUUCGGAACAAUGGGGAAGUUAUAUUGCAAGUGGAUAGGGAGAGAUCGCUUUACACGAUUUGA